UUGCGAAAAAAAGGAAAAAUAAUUUUUUGUCAGUGCUGUGUGUGAGGUUAUAACAUUUCAUUGAAUUCCGUCCAUAGGAAUUCCUCUUAUUAUCUUUUGAUUCAUUCAAAAGUUCUGAGAAAUUAGUUAACAUUAUGUCAAUCCAGAAUAAUGGUGAAUUAGAUUGCACAUCAAAUUUUUCUGAUCAAAUUGGUGAGCUGUACCUCAAUCAACAGGCUUCAGAUGUUACAUUCAUCAUCAACAAUGACAGAAUACCUGCGCAUAAAUGUAUUCUCACCGCACGGAACGCAUACUUUCAGUCAUUAUUUUUUGGUGCAUUUUCGGAUCCAAUCAGAAAUGUAUUUAAUCUGAAUGAGUCAUUAGAAACAUACCAGAUCAUCGACAAUCCUAUGGCAACAUUCAAGAAUCUGUUGAAGUUCCUUUACACUGGCCGUUUGUCCCUGGAUAAAUUAUGGUAUACGGGUGUUUUAGAGCUGUUUAGACUGGCUGAUGCAUUUUGCGUAGAUGACCUGAAAUCAUUUAUUCCGACCUACUUAGCAAACAAAUUAUCACUAGACAAUUGGUGUACUACAUUGAGAACAGCAUCGUUUUUUGAUCUAACUUUACUGAAGACUGCAGUACUCAUUUUCAUAUUCCAAAAUGUAGUCGAGGUGUUACAUCAAGCCGAUUUCAAAGUAAUAUCUCAAACCGAUUUGUGCUUUUUGUUAGAACAUGGUGCAUUCUGGGCACCCGAAGUUGAAAUGUUUGAAUCAAUUUUGGGAUGGUACGAAUACAACCAAGAUGCAGACAUAGAGACGAUCAUUUCACACAUUCGAUUUCCAACGAUUGGAGAUAGAAAUAUACAAGCAACCAUCAACCAAUUUUCGAUAGAAAAUGUAGACCAUCUUCUUGAUGUAAUUCGGAAGCAAGCUACUAACAAGUACCUCCGACGUUGUGUUCCGAUGAAACCAGAUAUAAACAUUGCGUCACAUGAAUUUAACGCCAAGACAAUCAGCGGUGACAAUCCAACUAGACUUUUGGACGAACGUUCUGAAAAUGAAUAUACGUCGCACCUAAUCACUGGAUCCGACGACCAUUGCAUUGUUGUUGAAUUAGGAACCCUUUGCAUAAUAAAUCAAUUGAAAAUCCGACUGUCGGAUCAUUCAUACUCUUACUACGUCGCAGUUUCACUGAGCCAGAAUGAUUGGGUACGCGUAGUCGAUUUCACAGAGUUUGUUUGUCGGUCUUAUCAGGAAUUAUAUUUCGAACCACGAAGUGUUCGUUACAUUAAAUUAGUCGGCACCAGCAACAGAUCUGAAGUAGACAGAAAAUUCGCCGAGUUCCGGGUGUUGAAUCUGAAAGCAUAUUACACACCAAAUCAACCAGCACUAGUAAAUGGAUUUAUUUCACCAACGCGCAAUGUAGCAAAAGUUGAGCGAGGUGCCUGGGUUAUCGAAGGUUUUUGUGACUCUACCCUAGAUAGCCCGAAUGUAAUACUCAACGGCACGCCUAAUCGGAUACUAAAUCGUCAUUACACGGAUCAUUCUGGUUACACAUGCCAUAAAAUAGGUAAAAUUGAGAGGGAAGUAUUGUUGUUCAGUUAGCUCAGCCUUUCUUCAUUGGAUCUCUGCGUUUGCUUCUGUGGGUCGGAGAUAGGAGAACAAAUAGUUUUUACAUUGAGACUUCGACUAAUCGAAUCAAUUGGCAAAUGGCUGUUGAUAAACGUAACGCACUUCUCAAAUCAUUGGUCCAUCUUACGUUCGAACCGAGACUCGUUGUUUUUAUCCGAAUUGUUGGCACAUACAACAGCUCUAAUAGCUUUUUUCAUGUGGUACAUUUCGAAACGCCUUCUGAGGCUUCUAUCAGCGAGCAAUAAUUGCGAUACUCACACCCGCCCUGAACAAAAAUAAAGUUUUACCGAAAAUGC